AUGCCCUUGCCAGAGAAGGCUUUCCGCCACGCUGGGUAUCUUGAGGAUCUCGUAAAUCACCACCAGGAACUUUCCAAUGUGACACUAGUCGACCCUAUCAGUGAUGGAAGCGGACAAAUCAUACCUGUAGAGCCACCGGCAGAAAAAGAGGUAGAACAACCGCUUGUCCGGGAAGUCGAGGUGCCUCUCACCUUUGAUGCAGAAUUCUUCGGUCUUCUGCAGGGAGAUGUUCACAACCUAGAUGCACUCCAAGAUGAGGAACAGAAGGCUCUGGUAGCCGAGGUUGGUGACCUCUCAAAAGAGCUCGUCAAGCUCAGCGAACCUUCAAGGUUCAAAAAGACCGACCAGUAUCGAUGGAGAGAAUUGUUUGAUGUUUACUUACAAGCUGGAAUCUUCUUUUCAGAUCUUGAAAAGGACCACGGCAAGCGUGAUAGUGCAGCUGCGUUAAAGCGGUUACAGUGGUUUCAAAGUGAAGUAGUCAAGAGAGGCAUCGUAGAUACAUUCAAACUCUCCCCUAGCCGUAAAGCAUUGAACCAGUUCAUAAGCAUCAACAUUACGCUACUUCGAAAUCUCCAAUUUCAGGAGAUCAAUCAGAAAGCCAUUGCUAAGAUAUUGAAAAGUCAAAUUUGA